AUGGACGUCUGCGGAACACGGGAAUUGGCAGAACAAUUCCGAAUGGAAACUUCAAUGAUGAUGAUAACUGAAAGUGAAGCAAAAGAGGACAAGCCAUCAAUUGGUGAAGCCCUGCAAACACUGGCCCAAUGCAUAACAGAUCAACCUGCUUCUGAUAUAAUGUCUGCACAUUCUCGGAAUACACUGAAACAACUUCAGUUCAGUAAGCUUGAGAGACAAACGAAAUCACUGUGGAAUAAAAUCAAGCUAACUGUUGAUUCGGUUCAAGUGCAUACUCUGUCUUGGGUGCAAUUAUGCUGCUGUAACCGGAGGCCCCUAAUGAGCAACGAGUCAAUUGUAGCCAAACUGACCUAUCACAAACAAUUGUCUAAUGGAGGAUAA